GCCCCGCUGAGGGGAGCCUGGAAACUGCUGGAGCCCCUUGGUCCGUAAUUGGUUUUAUAGGAAUGGCCCAGGGCCAGGGUGUUUACAUGCGCGUGAUGGGCGGCGCGCGCGGCCAAUGGAUGGCGGCCGGGGGCCGGCCUGCGGGGAGGCGGGCACCCGGGAACAAUGCGUGUUUCUUCGCCGGAGAGUGUUCCCUUCCCCCAGUCACCCCCUCCCCCCCCGCUGGUUUUUUUUUUUUUUUUUUAGAUCCAGCGAGAGGAACUUGAAAGGGGGGUUGUGUAAUGUACCUUUUCCAAUCCCGGGCUGUAUAUGGAGAUUUGGGAUUCUUUAAACCGGCGCUACCUGGAUUUUAUUAAAAAGCGGGGAGUUCGGCGGGAGGAAAGCUGGCUUUUCCGGGGGCUGCGGGAGCCCGGCCGCGGGAGGGCGGAGGAGUUGGCGCGUCGAGCGCUCGGCCCGGGGAGCGGUUUUCUACCAAAAAAAGGAAAGGCGGGCAAAAAGUGUGAGGCGGCUGCGGGUGGCGAAGGGGAGCUGCGGCCGCGGGAUGGCGGGCAGCACGGGCGCCUAGCCGCGCCGGGAGCCGGGGCCGCCACCGGAGUCACCGUCGCCGGAGCCCGGAUCUGGAAGCCCCGCCGCGCCAGACGCCUUGUGCGCCGCCUCGAGCCGCUCCGCCUGGCCGCCCGGAGGGGCCCCACCGCCGGCCGGCCGUGCGCCUCGGGCCGCGGGCCCGCAGCCGAGCGCAAGCCCCGCUGGCCGCCGCCGCCGCCGCCGCCAUGCACGCCGCGGAGCCCCCGCCGCCAGAGGACUCUGGGACUACGCCGACGCCGAACUUUUAAGUCCCACUGAACGAGGCCCGCGGGCCGGGUGGGGGGCUGGCCGCGGCACUCCCGCGGAGGAUGGAUGGCCGAGACUUCGGGCCCCCGCGGUCCGUUCACGGCCCCCCGCCGCCGCUGCUGUCCGGCCUGGCCAUGGACAGCCACCGCGUGGGCGCGGCCACGGCCGGACGCCUUCCCGCUUCAGGCUUGCCCGGCCCGCUGCCGCCCGGAAAGUACAUGGCCGGCCUCAACCUGCACCCGCACCCGGGCGAGGCCUUCUUGGGCAGCUUUGUGGCCAGCGGGAUGGGGCCGGCGGCCUCAUCCCAUGGGAGCCCGGUGCCCCUGCCCUCUGACCUCUCCUUCCGCUCCCCCACCCCCAGCAACCUGCCCAUGGUGCAGCUGUGGGCCGCGCAUGCCCACGAAGGCUUCUCCCACCUGCCCAGCGGGCUGUACCCACCCUACCUCCACCUGAGCCACCUGGAGCCUCCCAGCAGCGGGAGCCCCCUCCUCAGCCAGCUGGGUCAGCCCAGCAUUUUCGAUACCCAGAAAGAUGGCUUCUACCUGCCCGCCCCGGGGGCUCCGGGUGCCCCGGGCACCCUGCACUCUCAUGCGGCCUCCUCCAGGACCCCCGGCAGCCACUCCUCGGGCACCUCGACCAAAGGCGCUUCUCGGGAAGGUCCAGCCAAGGAGAGGACUGGCCGAAGCGGGGAGCCACCCCCACUGUUCGGCAAGAAGGACCCGCGGGCCCGGGAAGAGGCGGCUGGGCCGCGCGGUGUGGUGGACCUGACCCAAGAGGCAAGGGCGGAAGGCCGCCAGGACCGAGGGCCCCCACGCCUCCUCGAGCGCUUGUCCCCUUUCCUGGCCGAGCCGGGGCCCCUGCGGGCGCCGGGUUCAGCCACCGCCGAGUCGAAGGGCAAAAACCCGCCGCCGCCACUGUCGCUGAGCCUCUGCAACGGUACCGGCACCGGGGACGUGGGGAUCCCCGCACUAGUAGCCGAGGGGGCCCGCGGCACCAAGGACAUUGCGCGCCAGGACGAGAGCGCGCGGCUGCGGCGCGCAGAGGCCCUGCUACCCGGGCCCUGCCCGUGCCCCUCGCCACUCCCGCCGCCGCCACCGCCGCCAAGCAAGGGUCCGCCUGCGCCCCCUGCCGCCUCCGGGGCCUUCGCCGCGCCGCAGCCCGCCCCCACUGGCGUCUACACCAUCUUCCCUGCGGCGGCCGCGCGGGAGCCGGGCCGUGAGCACCGCGUGGUGGCACCCACCUUCGUGCCUUCCGUGGAGGCCUUCGACGAGCGCCCGGGGCCCAUCCAGAUCGCGUCGCAGGCGCGUGACUCCCGGGCCCGGGAGCGCGAGGUGGGCCGGCCUGGGGUCCUGCAGGGCCCGCCCGGGUCUCCGCGGCCACCCCCGGACCGGCCUGAGAACCUCCGCGAGAAGAGCUCUGUGAUCCGCUCGCUCAAGCGGCCGCCGCCAGCCGAGGCCCCACCGGCGCGGGCCGCACGCGCCUCCCCGGACCCCCGGGCCUACCUCCCCGCCAAGGAGCUGCUCAAGCCCGAGGCUGAGCCCCGGCCCUGCGAGCGCGCCCUGCGUGGCCCCGCUGUCACCGCCGCCUCCCAGCAGGCCGCCAAGCUUUUCGGCCUGGAGCCUGGGCGGCCGCCCCCGCCCGCCGGCCCUGAGCACAAGUGGAAACCUUUCGAGCUGGGCAACUUCGCCACCACGCAGAUGGCCGUGCUGGCCGCGCAGCACCACCACGCCAGCCGCGCCGAGGAGGAGGCCGCCGCCGCCGCCUCCAAGAAGGCCUACCUGGACCCCGGGGGUGCGCUGCCCCGCGCCGCGGCCACCUGCGCCAGGCCAGGUGCUGACAUCCAUGCCGUGGCCCACGGGCCCGGAGAGGCCUCCGCCAUGCAGAGCCUCAUCAAGUACAGUGGCAGCUUCGCCCGCGAGGCCGUGACUGUGCGCCCAGGCGGCUGCGGCAAGAAGAGCCCCUUCGGAGGCCUGGGCACCAUGAAACCCGAGCCGGCGCCCACAGCUGCCCCGCGCGCCCAGACGCGCCUCCCGCACCCGGGGGGCCCUGCAGCAUCCAGCGGCCGACAGCUGAAGCGUGACCCGGAGAGGCCUGAGAGUGCCAAGGCCUUCGGCCGCGAGGGCUCCGGGGCCCAGGGUGAGGCGGAAGUGCGACACCCGCCUGUGGGCAUUGCUGUGGCCGUGGCCCGGCAGAAGGACAGUGGCGGCAGUGGCCGGCUGGCACCUGGGCUGGCGGACCAGGAGCGGUCCCUGUCGCUGAGCAACGUCAAAGGGCACGGCCGAGCUGACGAGGACUGUGGCGAUGACCGGGCCAGGCAUCGGGAGGAGAGGCUGCUGGGGGCGCGGCUGGACCGAGACCAGGAGAAGCUGCUCAGAGAAAGCAAGGAGCUGGCGGACCUGGCCCGCCUGCACCCCACCAGCUGUGCUGCUAACGGCCUGAACCCCAACCUCAUGGUGACUGGGGGCCCGGCGCUGGCGGGCUCCGGUCGCUGGUCUGCCGACCCUGCGGCCCACCUGGCCACUCACCCCUGGCUGCCCCGCUCGGGUAGCACGUCCAUGUGGCUCGCCGGACACCCGUAUGGCUUGGGCCCCCCUUCUCUGCACCAGGGCAUGACGCCUGCCUUUCCGCCUGGCCUGGGGGGCUCCCUGCCUUCAGCCUACCAGUUUGUCAGGGACCCCCAGUCAGGCCAGCUGGUGGUCAUUCCCAGCGACCACCUGCCUCACUUUGCGGAGCUGAUGGAGCGGGCCGCCGUGCCGCCCCUCUGGCCCGCCCUGUACCCGCCGGGCCGCAGCUCUCUGCACCACGCCCAGCAGCUGCAGCUCUUCUCGCAGCAGCACUUCCUGCGGCAGCAGGAAUUCCUCUACCUGCAGCAGCAGGCGGCCCAGGCCCUGGAGCUGCAGAGGAGUGCCCAGCUGGUGCAGGAGCGGCUGAAGGCCCAGGAACAGCGGGCCGAGAUGGAGGAGAAGGUGAGCAAGCGCAGCCUGGAGGCCGCAGGCAAGGCCGGCCUGGGCGCCGCGGGCCCGGGGCUACUACCGCGGAAGCCACCUGGCCUGAGCACCGGCCCCACGGGUACCUACGGCAAAGCCAUGAGCCCGCCGCCUUCUCCCCGCGCAUCCCCUGUGGCUGCCCUGAAGGCCAAGGUCAUUCAGAAGCUGGAGGACGUGUCCAAGCCUCCUGCCUACGCGUACCCCGCCACGCCCAGCUCCCACCCCAGCAGCCCGCCGCCCGCCUCCCCACCACCCACCCCGGGGAUCGCCCGCAAGGAGGAGGCCCCCGAGAACGUCGUGGAGAAGAAGGACUUAGAGCUGGAGAAGGAAGCCCCCAGCCCCUUCCAGGCCUUGUUCUCAGAUAUCCCAGCCCGGUACCCGUUUCAAGCUCUGCCACCGCACUAUGGGAGGCCCUACCCGUUCCUGCUGCAGCCCACGGCGGCUGCCGACGCCGACGGCCUGGCCCCCGACGUGCCGCUCCCAGCCGACGGGCCCGAGCGCCUAGCGCUCUCCCCUGAGGACAAGCCCCUGCGCCUGUCCCCAUCCGAGGCCCCAGAGCCGCUGCGCGAGGUCCCGGAUGAAGAGCCGCUGGUGGAGCGGGAGGUGAAGGCGGAGGUGGAGGACAUGGACGAAGAGCCCGCCCAGCUGCCCUCACUGGGGUCCCCGCUGACGCUGCCCCCCGGGGACGCCCUGGCGGCCCCGAGCCCGGCGGGAGGCCUGCUGGAGGCCCAGGCGCUGAGUGCCAGUGGCCAGGGGCCUGAGGAGCCCCCCAGGUGCCCGGACUUUGCUGAGGGAGCCGAGGCGCGGGUCGAUUCGCCGGGCCUGACGGAGUCCUGUGCGGCCGCCCCGGACUUGGGGCCGCGGCUGACGCCGGAGCCGCUGGUGGAGGCCAAGGAGGAGCCAGUGGAGGUGCCCGUGGACAUGCCCGUGGCCGUGCCUGUGCCCUUGGCGGAGGUGGUGCCCGGCGAGGAGGACCUGGCCCAGACGGCCCCGAGUGAGCCCCGACCCAGCCUGGAACUGCCGGACUGUGAUGUGCCCGCUGGGGAGGGCGAGUGCCCAAGCCUAGAGGCCCCCGAGGCCGGCCCUGUGCCCGGCGGCACCUGCUUCCUGGAGGAGGCAGGCUCUGAGGAGUUCCUGCCCAGCCUGGAGGACCCGCUGGCCGGCAUGAACGCCCUGGCGGCCGCCGCAGAGCUGCCGCAGGCCCGGCCCCUGCCCUCCCCAGGCACUGGAGCCACGGCCCUGGAGACGCUGGAGGCCGCGCAGAGCCUCGUCCUGGAGCAGAGCUUCCUGCACGGCAUCACCUUGCUAAGCGAGAUCGCCGAGCUGGAGCUGGAGAAGAGGAGCCAGGAGGCGGCAGGUGCAGAGCGGGGCCCGCCCGUGCGGCCCUCGCUGGAGAGCCUCCUGGCGGCCAGCAGCCACGUGCUGAAGGAGGUGCUGGACGGCCCCUUCGUGGAUCCGCUCAAGAACCUGCGGCUUCCACGAGAGCUGAACCCCAACAAGAAGUACAGCUGGAUGCAGAAGAAGGACGAGCGGAUGUACGCCAUGAAGUCCUCCCUGGAGAGCAUGGACGCUAUGGAGCUGGACUUCCGGAUGCGGCUGGCGGAGGUGCAGCGCCAGUACAAGGAGAAGCAGCGUGAGCUGGUGAAGCUGCAGCGGCGCCGCGAUUCCGAGGACAGGCGCGAGGAACCCCAUAGAAGCUUGGCACGCAGAGGCCCUGGCAGGCCACGGAAACGGACCCACGCCCUGAGCGCCCUGUCGCCCCCCCGCAAGAGAGGGAAGAGCCGCAUCCAUAGCGGAAAGCUGAGCAGCAAGCCCCUGCUGACCUCAGACGACUACGAGCUGGGAGCGGGGAUGAGGAAGAGACACAAGGGGCCUGAGGAGGACCACGACGCCCUCGGCGGAGCAGGGAAAGCCCGGGGGAGGAACCAGCCUUGGGACGAGCACGAAACCUCGUCAGACUUCAUGAGUCAGCUAAAGAUUAAGAAGAAGAAGAUGGCUAGCGACCAGGAGCAGUUGGCAAGCAAGCUAGACAAAGCCCUCUCCCUCACAAAGCAGGACAAGUUGAAGUCGCCCUUCAAGUUCUCAGAUGGUUCUGGGGGAAAAUCAAAAGCGAGCGGGGGCUGUGGCAGGUACUUGACGCCCUACGACAGCCUGCUGGGCAAGGACAGGAAGGCGCUGGCCAAAGGCCUCAGCCUGUCUCUGAAAGCCUCGCGAGAAGGUAAACACAAAAGGGCCGCCAAAGCCAGGAAGAUGGAGGUGGGGUUCAAGGCCAGAGGCCAGCCCAAGUCGACCCACUCCCCCUUCGCCUCGGAAGUGAGCAGUUACUCCUACAAUACGGAUUCAGAGGAAGAGGAGGAAUUCCUGAAGGACGAGUGGGCUGCCCAGGGCCCCUCCAGCUCCAAACUGACACCUUCCCUCCUGUGCGGCAUGGUGGCGAAGAGUAGCAAGCCAGCCGGCGGCCCCAAGCUGACCAGGAGGGGCCUGGCGGGCGCCCGGACUCUGAAGCCCAAGCCGGCCGCCGGCAGGAAGCAGCCGUUUUGUUUGCUGCUUCAAGAGGUCGAGCCCCGUUCCUCCUUCAGCGAUUCCUCGGAGGACUCGUUUGACCAAGAUGAGAGCUCCGAGGAGGAGGACGAGGACGAUGAGCUGGAGGAGGACGAGGCUGCCGGCAGCUAUAGGCUGGGCGCCCGGGAGCGGGCCCUGUCGCCGGGCCUGGAGGAGAGCGGGCUGGGCCUGCUGGCACGCUUUGCUGCCAGCGCCCUGCCCAGCCCCACCGUGGGGCCGUCCCUGUCCGUGGUGCAGCUGGAGGCCAAGCAGAAGGCCCGCAAGAAGGAGGAGCGGCAGAGCUUGAUGGGCACGGAGUUCGAGUACACCGACUCAGAGAGCGAGGUCAAGGUGCGGAAGCGGUCACCCGCCGGGCUGCUGCGGCCCAAGAAGGGGCUGGGGGAGCCAGGUCCAGCCCUGGCCGCGCCUGGUGCGCGCGCCCCUGGCCCCAGCAGCCCCGACAAGGCCAAGCUGGCGGCCGAGAAGGGGCGCAAGGCCCGCAAGUCGCGGGGCCCCAAGGAGCCGGGCCCGGAGGCGGGGCCCGAGGCCAGCGACGACGACCUGUGGACGCGGCGGCGCAGCGAGCGGAUCUUCCUGCACGACGCCUCGGCGCCCCCCGCGCCCAGCAGUGCCGCGCCCACCGCCGCCAAGCCUGGCCGCUGUGCCAAGGCCGGCCUGCCCAGCCCGCGCAAGGACGCCGGCCGCGCCAGGGACAGGAAGGACCCCAGGAAGAAGAAGAAGGGCAAGGAGGCCGGAUCUGGAGCCUCGCUACCACCGCCCCGCGUUCCUGCCCUGCCCACCGAGGCCCGGGCCCCUCAUACCAGCUCCCCAGCCUCUGCCAAGAGGAGCAAGGCCAAGGCCAAGGGCAAGGAGGUGAAGAAGGAGAACCGGGGCAAGGGAGGAGCCGUGAGCAAGCUGAUGGAGAGCAUGGCUGCUGAGGAGGACUUUGAGCCCAACCAGGACUCGAGCUUCUCCGAGGACGAGCACCUGCCCCGAGGCGGGGCGGCAGAGCGGCCGCUGACCCCAGCUCCUCGCUCCUGCAUCAUUGACAAGGAUGAGCUGAAGGACGGUCUGCGUGUGCUCAUCCCCAUGGACGACAAGCUGCUGUAUGCGGGGCAUGUGCAGACCCUGCACUCGCCAGACAUAUAUCGAGUGGUGGUGGAGGGUGAGCGUGGGAACCGGCCCCACAUCUACUGUCUGGAGCAGCUGCUGCAGGAGGCGAUCAUCGAUGUGCGGCCGGCCUCCACGCGCUACUUGCCGCAAGGGACCAGGAUCGCGGCCUACUGGAGCCAGCAGUACCGCUGCCUCUACCCUGGCACGGUGGUCCGAGGCUUGCUGGGCCUGGAAGAUGACGGGGACCUCAUCACCGUGGAGUUCGACGAUGGGGACACCGGGAGGAUCCCCCUCUCGCACAUCCGCCUCCUGCCGCCCGACUACAAGAUCCAGUGUGCGGAGCCAUCUCCGGCACUCCUGGUGCCAAGCGCCAAGCGCCGCAGCCGGAAGACCAGCAAAGAUGCCGGGGAGAGCAAGGAUGGGACCGCGCCAGCAUCCGAGGAGCCCGGCGCUAAGGCUCGGGGUCGCGGGCGGAAACCCAGCACCAAAGCCAAGAGCGACAGAGCUGCCGUCCUGGAGGAGGGGGGCUCGACAGAUGACGUCCCCGGUACCCCACUGGUCCUGGAGCCCGUCAGCACCCCAGGUUCCAAGAAGAGCCCCCCAGAACCUGUGGACAAGCGGGCCAAGACCCCCAAGGCUCGCCCGGCGCCCCCACAGCCCAGCCCAGCACCAUCCACCUUUGCCAGCUGCCCGGCUCCCGAGCCCUUCGGAGAGCUGCCAGCCCCUGCGGCGGCCCUGGCCCCCGCCCCCCUCGUCACCGUUCCCAUCACCAUGCCCGCCACCCGCCCCAAGCCCAAGAAGGCCCGGGCUGCCGAGGAGUCAGCCAGCAAGGGCGCCCGGAGGCCAGGGGAGGAGGCUGAGCUGCUGGUCAAGCUGGACCACGAGGGCGUGACGUCGCCCAAGAGCAAGAAGGCCAAGGAGGCCCUGCUUCUGCGGGAGGAGCCCAAGGGCCUGCUCGGCCUGGGCAGCUAUGCGCCGGCAGCCGGGAGCCCCGAGCCCAAGGCCGCCCGGCCCAAGGCCGCGGAUGGUGACCUGGCCCAGGAGCCUGCGGUCGGGCUCACGUUCGAGGACUCUGGGACCCCCAAGAGCCCGGACAAGGGCCAGGCCGAGCAGGACGGGGCUGAGGAGUCGGAGAGCGGCAGCAGCAGCGGCGGCAGCAGCAGCGACAGCGGCAGCAGCAGCUCCGAGACGGAGGCCGAGGAGGACGGCCAGGGCGGCGGCGGGCGGGACUGCAGCGCCGCCAGCUCCAGGGCCUCGUCCUCCUCCUCCUCCUCGUCCUCCUCGUCCUCGUCCUCCUCCUCGUCCUCCUCCUCCUCCUCCUCCUCAUCCUCCUCCUCCUCGUCUUCAUCUUCCUCCUCCUCCUCCUCCUCAUCUUCAUCCUCCUCCUCCUCAUCUUCGUCCUCCUCCUCCUCCUCCUCCUCCUCCUCCACCACAGACGACUCCUCCUGCAGCUCAGAUGACGAGGCCGCCCCUGCCCCCACGGCCGGUCCCUCCGCCCCGCCGGCCCUCCCCAGCAAGGCGCCCAAGCAGGCGGGCAAGGCCCGCUCCUCAGCCCACUCCCCUGGCAAGAAGGCGCCGGCGCCUGCAGCCCAGGCUCCCCCGCCACAGCCUACGCCACCUCUGCCGCCCAAGGCCCAGGCCGGGGCCAAGAGCCGGCCUAAGAAGAGAGAAGGUGUCCACCUCCCCACCACCAAGGAGCUGGCCAAGCGGCAGCGCCUGCCGUCUGUGGAGAACCGGCCCAAGAUCGCCGCUUUCCUGCCCGCCCGGCAGCUCUGGAAGUGGUUCGGCAAACCCACCCAGCGCCGCGGCAUGAAGGGCAAGGCCCGCAAGCUCUUCUACAAGGCCAUCGUGCGCGGCAAGGAGAUGAUCCGCAUCGGGGACUGCGCCGUCUUCCUGUCGGCCGGCCGUCCCAACCUGCCCUACAUCGGCCGCAUCCAGAGCAUGUGGGAGUCGUGGGGCAGCAACAUGGUGGUCCGCGUCAAGUGGUUCUACCACCCCGAGGAGACCAGCCCGGGCAAGCGCCUCCACGAGGGCCAGCCCUGGGACCAGAAGUCCGGCCGCAGCCUCCCCGCCUCCCUGCGGGCCUCCAGCCAGAGGAAGGACUUCAUGGAGCGCGCCCUGUACCAGUCCUCGCAUGUGGACGAGAACGACGUGCAGACGGUGUCGCACAAGUGCCUGGUGGUUGGCCUGGAGCAGUACGAGCAGAUGCUCCAGACCAAGAAGCACCAGGACAGCGAGGGCCUGUACUACCUGGCGGGCACCUACGAGCCCACCACGGGCAUGAUCUUCUCCACCGACGGCGUGCCCGUGCUCUGCUGAGCCGGCGGCCCGCCCGCCCCCCACUGCCAGGGCUCGGCGGCCACGUGUGCGGGCUGUGUGCAUGCAGGUGUGCCCGUGGACGCCCCAGCGUGUAAGUGUGUACAUGUGUGUGCCCGUAUGCAUGCACGUGCGUGCUCACAUGUGCACAGGUCCCGAUCCCCUCCCCUCUCAGCGAUCAGGGUAUGGCUCUGUUGGCCUCUUGGGGCCCCCCAGCACCUUGUAAGCACUUGGCCAGGCCAGGCCCCGGGACCCUCAGGCCGACGCCAGCUGGGGGUUUGGUGGGAGGGGGUGUCUGAGCAACCAAACUCAUGCUUGCUCGGAGGUUCCCACCGCUGGUGGGUCCUCCUGGUGCCCAGCCCCCUCAGCACAGCGCCCACCCUGAGCCUCCCACCACGGGGCCGGGCCGGCCUCCUGCCCCCAGCCUCACUGACCCGGCCGGGCCUGCGUGGGCACCUGCCUGGGGUCCGGCCUCCACCCUCCACCCUCUCAGGAUGGCCUGGAUUCGGGGAGCAGAGCCAGGUUGGGGGGUGGUCCAGCAGCAUUGGCCAGGCGCCAGGGGGAGUGGGCUGCAUGCCCUGAGGCCCCAGGGAGGGCCCACCCGCCGGUCCAGACCCUCACACUACAGACAAGCCCAUGGUGCUGAAACCUCGUCCCCAUGCCCGCGGGGAGGCGGCAGUUCUUAGCCUGUACAGUUUUAUUGUACCAAGAGACUCUCCCCUGUAUCAUACGCCUUUAAAUGGAGUCAACUUUUUAAUUAUAUAUAUAAAGAUAAAUAUAUAUAAAUAUAUAUAAAUAUAAACUUUUUAAAACUGUGAAAAAAUAGCUACGAAAUUAUAAAAAAAAAGCGAACACAUUCUGACGUGCAGAAUAUUAUUUUUUAUUUCCUGUUAGAUUGUGAGUGUCUAGCACCCCGCUUCACGGGCCCCCGUCCUGUCCCAAGCACACCCCCCACCCGCCCCCAGCCCAGGUGUACUGAACUUGCCCCCACGAUGGAGAAGGACCUAGGGAGAGCAGAGGCUGAGAGGGCAGAUGGCCCCGCUCAGCCCACGAAAGCACUUAGCAGCCCCCGCGCCUUCCAGGGGACGGGAGGCCUCGUCCAGACAAUCUUAAGGGAAGGAAAAGCCAGACUUCGGUUUUGUUUUUUGGGGGAAUUAUUGUUUUACUUUUUUUUUUAAGUUUCUUUUGGAAUUUUGUUUGUUGGCGAAUUCUGUGUGAUCUUUUUCAUAAAAAAAAAAAAAGAAAGAAAAAGCUAUAAUUGGAAAA